CGACCACGACGCGACAACCGACAAUCCACAAGAUGAGCGCGACAUACAACCUCGAGCCCAACCCGACGGCAAAGGUGCUGCUGCACACGACCACGGGCGACCUCGAGCUCGAGCUCUUUGCCAAGCAGACGCCCGUCACGUCGCGCAACUUCCUGCAGCUAUGUCUCGACGGCUACUACGACAACACCGUCUUCCACCGCCUGGUCAAGGGCUUCAUCCUGCAGGGCGGCGACCCCACGGGCACGGGACAGAGCGGAGAGAGCAGCUACGAUGGCGCCCCCUUCCAGGAUGAGUUCCACAGCCGCCUCAAGUACACGCGACGAGGCCUGCUGGGCAUGGCCAACACGGGUAAGAAGGACGACAACGGCAGCCAGUUCUUCUUCACCCUGGCUGCCACGCCAGAGCUGCAGGACAGGAACACCAUGUUUGGGCGCAUUGCGGGAGACACCAUCUACAACUUGAUGAAGAUGGCCGAGACCGACAUCAGGGACGGCAGCGAGGACAGCCCCAUGUACCCGACCAAGAUCACGAGCACCGAGAUCAUCAUCAACCCCUUUGAUGACAUGGUCAAGCGUGCGCGCGUGGCAGAGCGGACAGAACCCGAAGCGAAGAAAGUCAAGAAACCUAAGAGAAAGGCUGGCAAGAAUGUGCUCAGCUUUGGAGACGACGGCGACGGUGCGGAGGCAGCACCCGCGCUCAAGAAGGCCAAGUUCAACGCCAAGCUCGUGAGUGCUGGUGAGGAGAAGCCAUCAGUCCCAAAGGCGGAGGAACACCACAAGUCCAUACCCAUUCGCAAACCUGCGCGCAAGUCACCGUCGAGAUCACCGUCCUCCAAGCCAGAAAAAACACCCACAUUACCCAAACCUGCACCCAAGGAAAAAGCGCCCUCUCCACCCCCUCGAGAACUGUCGCCAGAGUCAGAGAAGAAGUCGAAGCUCGAUCGCGUGAACGCGCAGAUUGCAGAGCUGAAGGCAUCGAUGAAGAGAAACACCGCUGGCCAAAACGCAGAACCAGUCAAGAAGAAGUCGUUGUUGGAGUCUAUGGUGCCCGUCUCGACAACACGCGGCCGGAAGCGUGGCGUAGGUGGGAACGCUGCCCAAGAACAAGCCACCCUGGACAUUCUUUCCAAGUUCAAAUCCAAGCUCGACACUGCUGAGCCCAUAGCAGAGCCAAAAUCCAAAUCACCCGCGCUGCCUGAGGAGGUUCAGAAUGGAAAGAGUGAAGAAAAUGGAAGCAAACCCGUGGAGGACGAUGAAGCAGUAUGCGAUCUGCAUUUCAUCGCAGGGUGUCAGUCGUGCACAGCCUGGGACAAGCAAGACGAGGACGAGUCGGACGACGAUACCGGCUGGAUGUCGCAUUCGCUGAGCUUCGCGAAAGACCGGUUGGGCAAGAAUUUGGAGUGGAAGCGGAAGAACGAGGAGGACUUGCUGGUAAUUGAUCCUAGAGAAGAAAAACAGAAGCACCUGGCGGAAGCGAAGGCGAAGCGGGAGUGGGACACGGGGAAAGGUAAGAAGAAAAUCAAGACAUGAAUUGGUAGGUAAUUCAGAUCAUGUACUUCGUCUCAAUUUAUAAAGUCGUGUGGUUUCCUGCAAAUUGCUCUCAUACGCAAACCUGAUCAUCGUUCAACUUCAUUGUCAUGUCACUGUCCUCGUACGUUCAUAGAGAGCUGUGUCCAGUUCAACAUCUGCUA